AGAAUGUCAGGAUGACUCAGGAUGACUCAGGAUGAGCUGCGAAUCGUGUAUCUCAGGUUGACGUCUCCACAAGGUCCUGCAGUGACCCACACAGAAGAAAGGAAAAACUCACAUUAGAUACAAGCAUCAUCCUCCAGGAGAUUAAGCGAUGCGAUGGCAACACCCAGCAAGGAAAUCAAACUGCGUCAUCGGGACAAAGGGGCCCCCAGCAACUCCACAGGCUCAGAGAGCCAGCCCAAGAACGUGGGUGAGCCCUUAUCGCUGGAAGAGGAGGAACAGACAAACCUUGAAGCACAUGACUUGAUUCAGUGGAAGAGACAUAUAGAGGCUGUGAAGGCCGACCUCUUGGAGCAGAUCCAGGGCCAGCUCAGUGACCUCCUGGACAGGGCCAUGAAGGAGUCAGCGGAGUCCUACUCCCGUAGGAACCCCGUACUCCCCAGCACCACCAACGUCAGCAGGAGCGGGAGAAACCUUAGGAUGGAGCAUGGGAAAGUAUUUAUGGAACGGAAGUCAAUCCUUGAUGAGCUGUUUGAGAUUAAUCACAUCCGGACCCUCUACCACAUGUUCAUCGCUGCUCUACUGCUCCUCAUCAUCAGCACCUUGGCGGUGGAUUACAUUGACCAGGGAAGGCUUGUUCUGGAUUUCGACCUGCUGUUCUACGCCUUCGGCAAGCUGCCCACUGUGCUCUGGGCCUGGAUGAUCAUGUUCAGCUACACGCUGGCUGGGCCGUACCACACGCUUACCCUGUGGGGCAGCCAUUACCAUGGGGCCGGCACUCCCCGAAGGGUGCUCACCGUGGGCUGUGGUGUCGCUCUGGCGGCUGCACAGAGCUGCAUCCUGGGGGUGUUCCCCGUCUAUGUGGUGAUACAUCACCAGCUGCCCGCUGCUUCCCGGUUCAUCAUUAUCCUGGAGCAGGUCAGAUUCCUGAUGAAGAGCUACUCCUUCAUACGGGAAAAUGUUCCAGUGAUCAUGAACCACAAGCCACAGGGGGGAGAAGACCCCAGGCUCCCCACCUUCUCCAGUUACCUCUACUUCCUCUUCUGCCCCACUCUCAUCUACAGAGAGUCCUACCCCAGGAAUCCGUAUAUUAGAUGGAACUAUGUUGGUGUCAAUUUUGCUAAGGUCCUGGGCUGUUUGUUUUACCUCUACUUCAUCCUCGUGCGGCUCUGCAUCCCUGUCUUGAUGAACGAGAACAACCAUCCCCUUAGCACGCGCACGCUAGUGCUCUCGCUGUUCCACGCCACCCUGCCAGGCAUGCUGAUCCUGUUGCUGGCUUUCUUUGCCUUCCUGCACUGCUGGCUCAACGCCUUCGCCGAGAUGCUGCGCUUUGCCGACCGCAUGUUCUACAAGGACUGGUGGAACUCCACAUCUUUUGCCAACUACUAUAGAACGUGGAAUGUGGUGGUUCACGACUGGCUUUACUAUUAUUACUAUCAGGACUUCCUCUGGCUGACCAGACGCAAAUUCCGCACCACUGCCAAGCUGUCCGUGUUCCUCAUGUCGGCGGUGGUGCACGAGUACGUCUUCACCCUCUGCUUUGGGUUCUUCUACCCCGUGAUGUUCUGCCUCUUUGCCGUCAUCGGAGUGGUGUUCAACUUCACUCUAAACGACAAGCGUAAGGGUCCCGUGUGGAACGUCAUCAUGUGGACCUGCCUGUUCAUCGGCCAGGGGGUGCAGGUGUGCCUGUACUGCCACGAGUGGUAUGCGCAGGUACACUGCCCGCGCGCAGGGAGGAGCUACUGGGAGCUGGUCAUACCCCGGUCCUGGUCCUGUAGCUACGGAGCAUGACGUUACCUGAUCCACUAAGAGAGCGACCACACAGCGAUCCACCCCUGACCUGCCGGCUCGGGUCCGAGGGCAGAUCGAAACCCACAUGCCUCACUAGUGGCAGAGAGAACCGGCACAGUAACAGAACAGGGUGGCUCAGGAAGGGCUGGAUAUGUAAGAGAAACUCGCUUGUAAUCUUUCUGUACGUUUUAUAAAUUAUUACACCACCAAAUGGUAUAAAUUAUUAGUUGUUCUGCUUUUUUUUACUUUCCCAAAGGCUUUGUUCAUUUCCUGCUGUCAAAUCCAUCUAUCUUAACUCCACUAUUCCAGCUAUGGGAUGCAAUUACUGUCAUACUCUUCCAGUUAAAGGAAAUGUAUAAUUUAACAUGCAUUUAUUAUUGGAGACCGUUUUACACCACGAUGAAGCCAUUUACUCAGCAAAGUAAUAGUAUAAACUAUUAUGAAUAAGAUGAAGCAGCACUAAGGAGUUUCCUCCUGGGAUAAAUACAGAAUAUCUUAAAUUAUCUUCGAUCCAGAGACCAACUGCCCUUCUUCUCUGAAUAUUCCUAAAAAUUCCUGGUGGGUUCGCUUUGUUUCUGCUGGGAUUGAGGUUGCUUUUGGCAGUAGAUUUGAAUAUCAGAUUGUUUUCUCUAUCAUUUCUAUAUCAUUUGUACUGGCAGCUUUGUAUCAGAUUCCUCUCUCAGAGCUUUGAGGGAAUGUCUGACUGUGAAGCCUCCGCAGCUGAUGGACGUUUUCCCGGUGUUACAGAACGACCGUACCUAUCAUUCAACAUACUACUGAGUUGGCUUUACCGGAUAAGCCGGAAUGAUCUUAAGGUUUCACCCAAAAUCAAUACUGACAUAGAAAACAAUAAAAUACAAAGACUGUAGAAUAAGUACUAUUCUUUUUUAAAAGUUUUAGAAUGACUCAGCCCAACUCCUCUCUAAAGACAAAGAACAAUUGUCAGUAUUUAAAGCUCCAUCUGCCAAGAUCCUACUGUCUGUUAUUUACUGUGCUGGAUCUCAGCAGAUCCAUUAAACCAAACCAAAAUACGCUGCCAGCACUCGUGUGACUGUUUAUAUAAAUCUACUCUGACUUAUGUUAUUAGAUGACCUUAACCUUUUGCUAAUAAAUCAACAGGAAUAUUUCA